AGAUGUGAGGAAAGACGAUGUAGGCUACACCCGAGAGUUCGAGCCUACUCCGACCGUGCUGCCACGUUCUUUUAUUUUUAGUGAUUCUUUUUUUAUAGACCAAACAUUCAUGAUGAAAUGUUGCAGAAGUACUAAGACACGUUUCAGACGAUUCAUUCGGAAAGUUGAGUAGGCUUAUUUAGAAAGUACGAAUUUGUGAUGGUGACGGUGGUGGUAGCCUAUAAACGUGAAGACGAGACUGGGCAGCGACUGUGCGUAACAUUCCGUAAAUAAUUAUGAGAAGAUAUCACAGGGCUCAUCUGGUUUGAGAAAGGAUGAAUCCAUGUUGACUGUUGUUCGUCAGUCUUUCUGUUUUUUUUAAUAGGAUAACACUUGGAGGACACUACAUUUCGUGACUCGAGCUGUUAGCAGUUGCAUACUCUGACACAGUGAUCUGGAUACUCGGCUCACUUGUUUGGCAGUACUUUCUCUGAAUAUGGACAGUUCGUGGAUUUUUGUCUUAGCUGCGUUAACCAUUGUACUGAUACAGAGGUGCGACAGCCAUGGAAUUCGCACAGGUGGCAGACACAAUUCAAUAGGUUUGACUGUUAUCAGGCUUCAGACGACAACUGUUAGUUCAAACCAAAAACUUUCCUCAACAUACAAUUUAGACAUCACAAAUCACAACAGCCAGUUGCCGUUUGGAGUGACUGAUAGAAGGGAUGGAUCCAAGGAUGAAUCCAAACAUCAGCUCAAUGUCUCUUCUCUCCGGGAGGGCAGGUUACGCAGAAUUCCCCGGCAACUGAGCAGGAGCAGCUCAACUAGACACAGGACGCGGACUGUGACCGGAGGCAAUGCCUCCGCCAAUGGAGGCAAGGCGGGCACCUCCAAGCGCCUAGUUGGACCACAUGUGUGUGGCCUGCAGUGCUGUUCAGGAUGGGCUGUUGCUCGAGGAACCAACCGCUGCAUUAAACCUGACUGCCAGCCCCCGUGUCAGAACCGUGGCUCCUGCAGCCGGCCCCACACCUGUGUGUGUCGCUCAGGGUUCCAGGGAGCUCGUUGUGAGGAGGUGGCACCUGAGCAGGUGUAUAUCCGUGCUGGAGGCACCAGGGCUUUAACCCCAAUCCAGCCAGAUGUUGAGCAACAGCAGCAGCUGGUUCGCAGAGAGUCGGUGGAAAAACAGCCGGUUGAAAGCAGCUUCAGGAUGCAGAUGCAGAGACCAGCCACCACCAGGCUUCCUCACUCUUCUUUAAACACACAGACAAGACAGGGCUCUGCAAGCUCCUCCUCCAAGCAGACGGGCACAUCCAGGACGGUCAAGCGUUACCCAGAAGCCACUGCACCCAUCACCUCCAAUGCAUUGCCCACUGGGAAUGGACAUGGCAAUGUGUUUGACCCAAGUCACUCGUACAAUCGCCCAAGAUUUCAAGACACAAGUGGGCAGGGCCCUACCAACAGUGCAGUCUCACCAGCAGGAGCUAACCUCACUUCUGGGGUCGACCGCUUCAAGAUUGUGUUCACGCCCAUGGUGUGUCGCAGGACGUGCUCUGGAGGCCGCUGCUCCAACAGCUGUGAGCGGGGAGAGAAGACCACUGUCUAUACUGAGAACAACAACCAGCCGCCAAAAAGCCAGGGCUUCCGCCUCUUCUUCUGUCAAAUACCCUGUUUGAGUGGUGGCCGGUGUAUUGGCCAGAACCAAUGCUGGUGUCCAUCCAACUCCACUGGGAAGUUCUGUCACCUGCCAGCUCCACCUCCGAACAAGGCCACUAACCAGGGUGCCAAAGGAAAUGGAGGACAGAAUAGCUCCUCUCACUCCACGUACACUUUGCCUCUUUCCGACCAGGAAGCCUCUCUGCAAGUAUCCAUAGUGAAUGUACACAUCCAGCACCCCCCAGAGGCCGAAGUACAGGUGCAUCAGGUGGCUCGUGUCAAGCCGGGUCAGGGUGUGCGGAAUCAUAGCAGAGAUGGGUCUUCACACUCUGUGCAACAGCGCUCUCAGCCUGCCAGUGGCCAUGGCAACGACCACGGCCUCAACAAUGGAAAUGGCAAUGGUGGCAAGAUCAGUCCUCAAAGACCCUUCAGCAGGCAGAAUGGACAUGUGGGAAGAUGCUUUCAGGAGACGGUAGAUGGCCAGUGUGGGAAGCCACUGCCAGGUCUGACUAAGCAGGAUGACUGCUGUGGAAGUGUGGGUGCCUCGUGGGGACUUAAUAAGUGCACCGAUUGUCCAGUCAAACCAGCCUAUGCAGUCAUUGCCAAUGGCCAAGUGGAGUGUCCCAAAGGAUUCAAGAGACUGAACCUUACUCAUUGCCAGGACAUAAAUGAGUGUCUGAUGCCUGGAAUGUGUAAGCAUGCAGAGUGCCUCAAUACCAAAGGAAGCUACAGAUGCACUUGCAAGCCAGGAUACAUGCUGGACACGUCCCGAAGUCAUUGUGUCUCGGAUAAAGCUGUGUCUGUAGAGAAGGACCUGUGCUACCGCUCUACCUCAGGAGGUACCUGUGCCCUGGCCCUGCCCCAGCACAUCACCAAGCAGAUCUGUUGCUGUAGUCGUGUGGGAAAGGCCUGGGGCUCCAGCUGUCUGAGAUGCCCACUUCCAGACACAGACCACUUCAGGGAGAUAUGCCCGGCUGGCCACGGCUACACAUACUCACGCUCUGACAUCCAGAUAUCUCUCAGGAAGAUGGAAGAAGAGGAGAUGAGGGCUGAGGAAAACCCCUCUGCCUCUCCUGAGCCAUCGCCACCCCAUCAGGCACACCUUCCCCACAUCCCUAGUCACAAGCCUCAUAUACCUUCCUAUCCACAGGCACCUGCUAACCCACAGGUUCCCUCACAUGAACCCCAGGCCCCACAGGUGCCUACAUUUCCACAAGUGCCCACACAGCCACUACCCUCUAGGACCCCACAGAUACCUCAUCACCCUUCUUUGGACCCUCAGCAGACAGGCAAAGUCCCUUCACAACACACUCCACAUGAUAGUGAUGCUGUGGAAGUGGCCCCUUUUACGGACUCACCACUCCUCCAACCAGAUUUGGUGGAAAUUUCUAGUCCUCCCAUUACUAGUCACCCGAAGCCAGAGUUGAAUUUCAGGGACGAGACCACUGCCUCCGUAAAUGAGUUUAUCCCGGUGACAGACAUUGACGUAUGCUUCUUGACUCCCACUAUCUGUGGGCCUGGCCAGUGUGUGUCGGUGCAGACUGGGUACACAUGCCACUGUGACCCUGGCUAUCAGCAUAACGCCCUACAGACUCACUGCAUUGAUAUCAAUGAGUGUGAAGAGAAUCCCUGUGGAGAGAAGGCCCACUGCGUCAACACCUAUGGCUCCUACAUCUGCCACUGCCAGACUGGAUUCAGCCAGGUCAUUACUCAGAACAGGAAGUUCUGCCAAGAUGUGAAUGAGUGUGACUUGCCCAAUAAGUGCACAGAUGGGAAUUGUGUGAACACGGAGGGAUCCUACACGUGCGAAUGCAAGACUGGCUUUACAAAGAAUUGGCGAGGCCAGUGUGAAGAUGUGAAUGAAUGUCUGACGUUGGGUAUGUGUGCCCACGGUCACUGCACAAACAUGCAGGGCUCCUACAAGUGCACCUGUAAUUCUGGAUACGAAACUGAUCCAGACCAAAGCAGUUGUCAGGAUGUGGAUGAGUGUUCCCUUUCUGGAAUCUGUGUUCACGGAGACUGCAUCAAUCUGGACGGCUCUUAUAGCUGCAGUUGUAACCUUGGCUACCAAGCCACUUUGAAUGGCAAGGCUUGUGAGGAUAUCAAUGAGUGUGCCACCAGUAAUGCCUGCCCCACUGGAAUAUGCACCAACACAGAGGGUUCCUACAUCUGCACAAAUUGCCAGUCUGGUUUCAUCAAAUCACCUGAUGGACAGAGAUGUGAAGACAUCGAUGAAUGUGCACAGGCCGUAUGUUUGGAUGGAGUGUGUACGAACACAGAAGGCUCUUACACAUGCACCUUGUGCCGUACCGGCUACCAGUUAGCCCUGGACAGGCAGCGAUGUGAGGAUAUUGAUGAGUGUCUUUCUGCAUCCAUCUGCAACAAUGGCAUCUGCCUGAACUCGGAUGGCUCCUACUCCUGCACAGCUUGUCCCACCGGAUACCUCGUGUCAUCAGACGGAGAGCUCUGUGCAGAUAUUGACGAGUGCCUUUCUCCCGGAGGGUGUCCCCUUGGUUUAUGCACAAACACUCCCGGCUCAUUCUCCUGCAUGGCCUGUGACACAGGCUAUACACUGUCUUCUGACAGAAUUACAUGUGAAGAUGUAGAUGAGUGUGAAGAUGCUGGCAUCUGCCUGGUUGGAGAAUGCACAAAUACUCCUGGUUCCUACACUUGCUCCUGCCCUGCAGGGUUUGAACACUAUGGGACAGGCUGCACAGAUGUGGAUGAGUGUUCCCUUUCUGGAAUCUGUGUUCACGGAGACUGCAUCAAUCUGGACGGCUCUUAUAGCUGCAGUUGUAACCUUGGCUACCAAGCCACUUUGAAUGGCAAGGCUUGUGAGGAUGUGAAUGAGUGUCUGGCUGUUGGGGUGUGUGGUGACGGAGAAUGUCUGAACACUGAGGGCUCCUUCCUUUGUCUUUGCCCCACGGGAUAUGCCAAAGAUGGACUUGGUUGCCAUGAUGUGGACGAGUGUGAGAAGGGCACUGUGUGCUUUCAGGGCCAGUGUCUCAACACAGAUGGCUCCUAUCAGUGUGUGUGUGAGGCGGGCUACAAAUUCUCUGCAGACGCAGGGGAUUGUGAAGAUCUGGAUGAGUGUAAAGAAUAUGGCAGUAAUGUGUGCGGAACAUGGCAUUGUGAGAACACCUUGGGUUCCUACCGCUGCUUCAUGGGCUGCCAGCCUGGUUUCUAUAGCGAUGAGAACGGUGACUGUGAUAUUGAUGAGUGUAUAAAUGAGACAAUAUGCGGAGAGCAUGGGUUCUGUGAGAACACAGAUGGCUCCUACAGGUGUCAGUGUUAUCGUGGAUACACCAAUGCACUGGAUGCCCAAGUGUGUGUGGACAUAAAUGAAUGUGAAACAAGCACAGAUUACUGUGGGGAGGCUCUGUGUGAGAAUGUGGAAGGGAGCUUCCUGUGCAUCUGCACCAAUGAGAAUGAGGAGUUCGAUCCCAUCAGUAACCAAUGCCGCAGUAUCCGGGCAGGCUUAGUGGAGGAAGCUUCACCUCUCUCGUUGGCUCCCUCACAUGGUAAGGAGAUGAAGGAGUGCUACUACAACCUGAACGAUGCCAACUUCUGCCACAACGUGCUUUCGCGCAACACCACCAAAGAAGAGUGCUGCUGCACAGUGGGCGCUGGCUGGGGUGACAACUGUGAAAUCCACCCUUGCCCUCCAACUGGGAGAGCUGAGUAUGACCAGUUAUGUCCGAAGGGUAAUGGUGUGCUGCCUGUGACCACAAGCUUUGGACUCCAGCUUUUCAAAGAUGCGGAUGAAUGUUCGAUGUUUGAACCCGAGAUUUGUAAAAAUGGAAUCUGCACCAACCUUUUUUCGUCAUACUCAUGCUAUUGUCAAAAUGGGUACUACUAUGAUAAUAUCCGUCUCGAAUGUGUCGAUCAUGAUGAAUGUCUCGAUGAGGGGACAUGUGAGGGAGGGGUAUGUGUGAACAUAGCAGGGUCCUUCAACUGCUUCUGCAGCCCUCCUCUCAUCCUGGACAACACGCGCCGCCGGUGUAUCUCUGUAAACAGCACAGACGACGGGCAGGGUCUGGAGGAUGACAUCCACAUGGACAUCUGCUGGCGGCAGCUCACUGACGAUGACAUGUGUACCCACCCUUUGAUUGGCACCAGGACCACGUAUACGGAAUGCUGCUGUCUCCAUGGCAUUGCCUGGGGCAAACUAUGUGCCUUCUGUCCCUUGAAGUCAUCUGAGGACUUUGCCGCGUUGUGUAACCUGCCAAGCAGAGGCUCAGACGGCCUGCGUGAGAGACCUGGCUAUGAGUAUGGCCCUGAUCUACCACCACAAGGCCCAUUUGGUCCAUACUGGAAUAACUAUGGGUCCCUAGGAGGUGGUGGGACAUACUAUGACCCCGAGGACCCCCAGACAGUGCCCCUGUUCACAGACCCCUCCAGUGAUUACAAUUCCAGGGAGACAAUCAAUGUGCCUGAUUACCGGCCUAGAGAAAAUCAAUCGCCUUCGCUCUUGGAUGACUUCACAGACCGCUAUGACAGCUUCGAGGGUCUGCGAGCAGAGGAAUGUGGUGUGUUGAAUGGCUGUGAAAAUGGCCGCUGUGUGCGUGUACGGGAGGGCUACACAUGUGAUUGCUUUGACGGCUAUGAGCUUGACCUCACCAAGAUGGCCUGCAUGGACAUAAAUGAGUGUGAGGAUAUCAAUGACAAUGUGGCACUGUGUAAGAAUGGAGUAUGCCUUAACACAGAGGGCUCCUACAAGUGCGACUGCCUGCCAGGAUUUGUUACUUCCGCCAAACCUCAUGAGUGUAUUCCAGAGUCCCAGACGUCACCACCUGGUGGGGAAGAGAAGUAACAGCACUCCUUAACUCUGUCCUUUCCCCCACCUGUCUAUACAUACCCAUGUCUGUUUCUCCAAGGACCCUGCAGUAAGGCCUUAGCCAUGAAGCCGCGACGCAUUCUAUACAUACACUGAUUUCCUCUGGUAACAGUUGUCCCUGGUACUACAUUUAUUUUGUUGUACCAGGGACAUGAAGUAUCUCGCCAAUCGGUGUAAAUCUUGAGUCUGUGAUGUCAUUCAAAUACGUGAGCGUAGAUCCACACUCCUCUCCUAACAAAUGCAUAGUGAAAAUAACAAAGACGGUAUAGCAAGUAAAGCACAAUGGUUGUAGGCUAGAGCUGUGUAAUGCUUUAUUUGAUUUGUGUAAAGAUGUUGAGAUAGCAUUUUUAGCUAGCUAACUGGCUAUAUCAGCUAUAUCAAUGCAAAAGAAAAAAAUAAAGCAUGAAACUGCAUUAACAUUGCACUAUAUUCGUUAUACCGUUUUCCCUAUAUUGCGUUUGCUAGGAGUGGAUUAACAUCUGUGGUAGUUUCCAUUGGAAUGCAUCUCUCCUCACGCGUGUGAAUGACAUCACAGGCUCAGGCUUGAUGAUUGGCUUGAUAAAUGUAGUACCUGGACAAUUGUUACCCAAAGAAAUCAGUGCAACUGUACACACAUGCACACACACAUGCAACCAUCCACUCUCUGGAAUGUGCACAUACAUUGGAUAUGCAACUACAAUGCUAACUACAAUAGAUACCAUAUCAGAUAAGACACAAGGACUGUUGAAGGGUCAUUCUGUCUCAAUUCACUAAAUAUGGAAAAAUAUUAUCGCAUUACCAUUAUUAUAAUGAAGUUAUAAUGAAGAUCUAUGACCAUAUUCCAUGUGCAAGAUAUUAGAUCAGUUUCACUUUUAGUGUUUAGUUUUAGUAGUUACUGUAGAAGACAUUAAGUGCACUUUAAUAUGACAACAAAGUGCACUAUAAUAUGAGAACA